AUGCCCACGCCGUUCAAGAACUUGGUCGUGCCUGUAAAGAAUGAGGCUUCUUCAUGGACCCACACUUCACACUCUUCUCUCUCUUCCUCGUUUCUUAGUCUACCAUCAGUGACUUCCGGCGAUGUAGUUUCAAGCAGUGAAACCCAAAAGCCAAGAACCACAUUUCCUAAAGAAUAUGGUUCCAUCGGGCUAGGUGGCAACGAAGGGGAAAAUGAGGAGGAUGGUGAUGAGGACAGCCAUAGAGAAAAGGAAAAGGGUAUGGAGGCCCUGCUUGUUCCAAUAAGAGUCAAUGAAACUAACGAGGGAAAUGAGGAGGAUGAGAAAGCCAGUAGAAGUUUUGAAUGCACUCAUUAUCAAGUUCUCAACAAGCCAAUUGAUGGCUGCAAUGAUGGGGAUGGAAAUGAGGAAGGCAACGAAGUUGAGGAUGGCAGUGAUGUUGUUGAUGACUCCCUUGAUUUGGAACUGUUGCUAGGAAAAUACGCAAUAAUUGAGUACAAUAAGAGAAUCAAAGAUGUGGCAAGGACUUUGCUAAAAGGAAUAUCAGAGAGCUUAGGAUUACAACCCAACAUCAUUAUUGAGUCCACAGGUUUUGAAUCAAGCCGUCAAACAUGUCAAGUGAACUUAUAUCCUCCAUGUCCUCAACCAAACCUUACUUUAGGGUUGCUUCCUCAUUCUAAUAAUGGCUUGCUGACCCUCCUUAUUGGAAAUAGAAUCAAAGGCCUUCAAGUGAAACACUAUGGCAAAUGGGUUAAUGUGAAUCCUCUACCUCAUUGCUUACUUGCCAACAUUGAAGAUCAACUUGAGAUUGUGAGUAACAAAAGGUAUAGGAGCAUGUGGCACAGAGUAGUGGUGAAUGAAAGAGACUCAAGGCUAAGUUUUGCACUAAAGAAUGGACCAACUCUUGAUAAAGAAAUAGGGCCUGCAAUAGGGCUGUUAGAGAAGGAAAAGCCAUUGUUCAAGAGCAUCAACUAUAAGGAAUAUUUACAAGUUCAACAAGAGGCUAGAAUUGUUGACAAGAGAGGCUUGGAUAUGAUUUAUCUGCAUAAUGUUGCAAACUGA